UACACACUGCUGCCGAUGCUCUCUGCUGUGUGGUCAUGUCCUGCCCAGAUUACCUCACUGCAUCACGUGACGGUCGGAAGAGCUCUUUGCUGCCACAGCUCAUGUUGUAGUCCAUUGCUUUAUUUGCAUCGGAGGCACUUGAGUGUGGUUCAUCACUGCUGCACAACCAGACGGCCAGGUCAGCCUUUCAAGAUGGAGGUGGAUGUCAGUGGUGUUUCCAGGACUAUCAUGUCCAUUCUGCCUGCCCCUACAGACGAGAUUAAUUCUCCACCAAAAGCAGAGCCUGAAAAGCCUCGCUGCUCCAGCACACCAUGCUCGCCCAUCAAGGGGACUGUGUCGGGUUAUCAGAUCCUCCACAUGGACUCCAACUACCUUGUGGGCUUCACCACCGGGGAGGAGCUUCUCAAGCUAGCUCAGAAGUGGACAAGCACCGAGAAGGCAACUGGGGACACCAUGCCAAACCCUCGCACAAAGCAGCUGGAUUCGGGACUCCAUCGAGCCACCCGGGUUUACAAAACGAAGAGCCGUUACUACCAGCCCUAUGAUAUUCCAGCUGUCAAUGGGAGAAGGAGGAGGAGGAUGCCUAGCUCAGGUGACAACUGCAUCAAGUCACUCCCCAUGGAGCCCAGCAAAGUCCUUCAUGGCUCUCUACCUCUCUGUCUUUUGAAGGGCAAGAGAGCCCAUUCCAAAUCCUUAGACUACCUCAACCUGGACAAAAUGAAUAUCAAGGAGCCAGCAGACACGGAAGUCCUUCAGUACCAGCUUCAGCACCUCACCCUAAGAGGAGAGCGUGUGUUCACCAGAAACAAGACAUGAGUGGAAGAAAGAAGGUUUCAGAUAAUUGCUUUGAGAGUUUCAAGAAGCCAAGGAUAUGGCUGAUUGACCCGAUUUGGCCAGCAAUGCUGAUCAGUGAUGUAGAAUGUGUAGCAGUUGGAACAGUAUGAUGACGGAUCCUUGAAAUGACCAUCUGUUGGUAGAGUUAAGUUGACCUGUGCCCUUUAGGAGAUCACACAGAUCACUUUUACAGAGGAAUUUGUUCAAGGACGAAAACUUUCUAAACAUGUGUGAUAAACACACAGAUAUAAUCAUGGAUAGGAAAAAUCAAAUCCCUUAUAAUUAGCAAUACCUAUGUGCUUGAUUAUGUAACAACAUGUGACUUUUGGAAAUUGUAGCUUGGUAAUGGGAAUAUAGCGAUGCACCAUUUGCACAUAUUUUUACUGUAGUUUUUUGUGUUCUGUGUCUGCAUUGUUUAUUGAUUACACUAUAGACCGCAUAGUAAAUGAAACAGUUUACUUGGUAAUGAAUUCCUGAUCCCUUCUGAAAGGUACAAUGGAAAAUGUCAUUGACUGGCCGUUCUUCUUCUUGGCAGCAAAUGUAGGCAAAUCAACUGUUAAGAUUAUUUAACCACUAAAAUCUGUAGGUCUGUGUUGACUGGCUUUAGGGUAGAACAGCUUAUUGUCAAUACGAUGCUGAGGCUAACAUCUCAGUUAAGCAUAUCCCCUUAAAUAGACAUUUGUAACAGACCAUGCAAUAGAUUCCCCUGCAAACGGUGGAGCUGGGCAUUGCUUUGAAAUAUUUAAUGUUCCAUUUGGAAAAUGCAGUCACUAAUUCUGAUUUGUUUUACCAUAUAUGCUUAUUUUUGGUGUCUAAUAAUGCACAUUGUUUAUGCUGUAAAAGAAAAUGGGUAUUCUACUUGCAUUCGCCUUCAUUAUAUUGUUAAAGUAAAAAAACUAAAAUCUAGCCUCAAAAUUAAAUGUUUAUUGAAGCCAAACCGUGAAGACAAUGCAAAGCAUUUUUACACAGAAUAAAGAACACCAAAUUCGACCAGUCAGAAGGUAGACCAAAAACAUAUUUCAGGAUAUGAAGCUUCCCGUUGAUCUGUUGGUCAUUGGUACACCUCUUUGGCCAUUUUUUUGUGAGUGGUAUGCCCCUCACUCCAGCAUAUAUAUGAUUUCUAGGGCUGCAACAAAGGGUACAUUUUGACCUUCGAAGGUUUGGAACACAUUACCGAAGGAAGGUUUGAACCGUCAGUGGUACUAAUUUGCAUAAUUUAUUGGUGACGUCACCAUAGCUACUAGUUUAUAUUUGAUUGAAAAUCCUAUUAUUUUACAGGUAAUCCAUAUAAAUGGAAUAAAACAUUAACAUGUAUUUUAAAAAUACGUUAAAUAGAACAAUAAUCAUGUGUUUAUAAUUUAAAUAAAAAUACGCGUUGUAAGCUUGCAUUGCAGCAGCACCAACCGCAGCUGACUUAGGCAAAGCAAAGCUUUAUUUAACAGUCACCGUUCCAAGCAGGUUAUUCGGUCACAGUCAUAUUUUACUACUACUACUACUAAUAAUAAUAAUAAUAAUAAUAAUAAUAAUAAUAUGAACUUACACUUGUCAGAUGAUACGAGUCGCUUGCACAGUUUGCAUUCAGCUUUAUUUUUUUGAUUGUCUGGCCAUUUAACAAAAAAAAUCCCAAACAGCAGAGGGAUUUCGAGACAUUUCUUUCAAUACAGUUUACGCUAUACAACACUUUGCUGUUGAGAUGGUGAAUGAAGAAAUUAAAGGUUUGCCUCUGGAUAACACGAGCUGGAGGGUGGAGGUGUGGACGGUGCUCAGUUUUCAAAAUUAAAAUGAUUAGUGUUAGUGUAUAUUUUGUAUGUUUCAAACAUAUUCUACCAUAUCACUUCUCUUACACUGUCUUGUACACUAGGUAUUUAGUACAUAUUUUACUGAAGCAAUACAACCGCUAUAGGUACCGCCCCAGUGCUUUGGAUACUAUACCCUGCUCCAUAAACGGCAGCGGCGCCAUAUAGAGUUGCUACCGCAUGUGUAACGAUUUGGUACAGUGGUAGUGGAUUUUAAUCUAUAUGUAAUAUGCAUUAUACAAAUCAAAAGAUUGACAUUUAAUGUGUGAUUUUAUAGUAUUAACACAUUGUCAAACGGUUUCUGUUAACAGAAAAAAAAAAAAAAACACAGUGCGUGAAUGCAACUUGACGAACCUUCGAAGGUUUAAAACUACCUUCGAAUUCCUGGCUAGCGAACAAACCUUCUAACACAGCCCUAAUGAUUUCUAUUUGUAUUCUCCUAAUUUUAUUUAAAAAUCCCUUUAUCUAUCCGUGGUGUCUAUUGAAGUGACCUUAAGGGUUACUGAGGGAGUUAUUUUGUUCUGUGUUCAAUGUAUGGAAUAGCCUACACAGUGAGACAUGUAGUAUAAUGUUACACUACUGCUGAUGUGCACUAUUUAAGUAACAAAUAUAUUUAUUGUUUCCUGUUGCAUCUGCUAAACUACUUUAAUGGUUUUGGCCACUAAUCUGUUAGAACUGAGGGUUUAUUUUAUGUAGCUCUAUUUGAUCAUCAAGG